AUUCGCAUACCGGCCAAAGCUUUUUUUUCAUUCGCGAGAAAAUGGCAAUGGCACUGAGCAAAAAACAGAUCUCCGCGCGGAAAUUCUGCUUGGGGAAGGGAAAUUGUAUGAUUUUCCACGAAAGUGUCUUAAUUCGAAAAAUGUUCCGUUCAUUACCACCCCAUCGACCGUGGUUCCAAUCCGCGGCCGGUUUCCCUUGGACUGCGGGGCGUGUUUUGGGCAAAAGCGGAAGCAAAAUUCUGGAAAUCUGUGCACGCGCCUUAUCGAGAGUUGGUCUAGGGUGGCAAAGUUCCAUUUGGUUCCGUCCUGCAAACUGAACCAAUGCAGUAGAGGACGUUUCUGCUAUGGGAUCCCGGGUACAAAGUUUUCGGUGGGUCUUGGUCCAUUUUUUGUUGUUGUUGUAUUCAUCUUAUCUUUCCCUCUGGUCACCAUCUUUCACAUGCAAGCAGAGUUUUGUUGUAAGUUUUUUCUUUUGCUUCACAUUUUUUCUACUUCUUCUAUGUGCAUCUACCAGUCGCCAGUAGUAGACCGAAUCUAUUUACCUAUUUUUGCUUUCGUUUCGAAGGAGGUGGUAAAAUUUAUUCAUUAAAAAGUUAAAUGAUUUUCAUCAGCCGUCCUUUUUAUACACGGCCACACUGCCACGGCCCUGUACAAGUUUGCAAACUAAACACUGUUGGCGGUGGCAGGAGGGGGUAGUCUUUUCGGUGGAAAAGCUACAGCGAGAACUUUUACGCCCAAAAAACCCCGGCACAAACUAUCUUCGGGGGUGGAGAUAGAGGUUUUUUUUAUCACUGCUGGAUUUUCAUUCUUACCGCCUGUGGAUUAAGCGGUAGCACUUGAUGAUUGUUUUAAUGGAAUUUUCGAUGUUUAUUACAAUUAAGCAUUUUAGACGUGCUCUAAGUGCUAUCCGAGAAAGGAAAUAGAAAGUGGAAGAUUUUAAAAAUAGCUUAAAAUGCUAGUGAAUGCAUAUUUAUGGAAACUAUUGAAAUUUUAAACAAGCAAAGUAAGUGAAUAGAUUAUUCUUUCUAUUUGACACUAGAGCGACCAGCAUCGGAAAGGGGGUAUCACACUUUUUCGAACCGGACCACGAAAAGUUAACCGAAUUAGUUGAAAUCUGCGUUCAAGGCAAAAUAUUUGAGGCCUUUUCACUGUUUUAAAGUCGGGUUUGAAUAAUUUAAAUGACAACCAUUCUUUGAAUUUUUUUUACAAAUAUUUUUAUAAGAAACACAAAUCACUUUGCUUUUAAAAUUACUGCUACGGAGCAUCUGAAUGCAUUAUAGGUGUGCUCUUUAAAUCAAAUGUUCAGAUAAUUUUGAAUUAUUUUGGGCCGUAAGUAUUUAAUCCGUCUAUACGAAAUAUAAACGACUUGUUGAACGAUAUCCCACUUACACUUAUUCCUCCGAUACGCAUUAUUCGCCUAAGUCGAGAAUGCCAAAUAACUAUCCGAAUUUUUUACACUAUUUUAAAAUUAUAUUCUUUUAAGUUUAGAACUCUUAUGUUUAAGCAAUAUUCUUUUUUUCCGAACAAGUUCCAAAUUAUUGUACCUGUCAAAAUGACAAGCUGGGUCGUGUUAGUGUUACAACAAAGUCCCACAAUUAAUACAAUUUUCUUGAAACAUGGUCUGCAAAUGUAAGAUUAAUUAAUAUAUUAGGAGAGGGAGAGUGUGCCUUUAUUACAAUUUCUAAAGAAAAGCAGCACAUUAUCACACUCUGGCACAUUUUUCAUUGUAAGCUUUUUUGAACGCUUCAAUUGAGCUGUAACCAAAUUUAGCGCUUAUUUCCAUUCGUCCCAAUCUGGAGAUUUUUUUUGUGUUGUUGUUUUGUUUUGCUUACGCCACCUCGAAACUUCACGUCUGGAGCAGUGUUUGAGCGAAAGAUGUGCGGCUCCUAGGAAAAGCUCAUCUCACAAGAGCUCCUUUGCCAAACCAAACUUCUCCCCCCUCGUCGCCGUACCAGACAAGUGUCGUUCCGUUGGGUAAUGUAAUCAAAAUAUUUUCCGCUUUCUACCGCCAUAAUUUAUGAUGGCGCAAAAUGGGUGACAUUCGACAACGACGCCCGAGCACCACGGAUGCCCAGAAUACGAUGCGACUUCAAUUGAUGCUUUGGGUUCUUAGAAAAAGUGUGGUGAAAGUAAGAGAGAAACGCUUCAUUUUCGGUGGCGUGUAUAUAUGCGUGAUGCUUUAUUUCGACCACUUAACCACCCUGUCUCAAUGCGUAUCCAUUGCUGUAUAACGGCUUGAAGCCUGAGAGGCAUACUGUUUUAAUGUGUUUUUAAUAUUCUAUGGUAACGCAAUUCCAACACGAGCGCGAAGGCACGGUUGUUGCGGUAAAGGAAAUCUUUCGAAAAGCGGUGGUUGAAAAUAUUUAUACGCCUGGGCGCGAGUAUGUGUGUGUGUGUCGCUGAUGAUGCCAGAAAGGACGGAAAAUAGACCAGCAGAUCGACGUAAGAUAAGUUUCCGGCCGGAAGGUUUGGAGCGAUUUCUUUGGGGGGGCCCGCCGGGUUUUCGGUUAUUUGAUUAUUGUUAACGAAGAAUAAAUUAUGCUGCCGUGCAGCAGCUUAAAGCGCGUUGGUAAAGGUUUUGAAGCGAAGGUUAGAAACGAGUGCCGCGGUGGCGAAUUGUUUGAUAGAGCUUUACUCCACCAGAAGAGUUUGGCUUGGCGGGCUGGUUCUCGGUUUGCGGUGGUUUUUGGGAAGCGCAAUGCUAACUCUUUCACCCGCGUGGCCUGUUUUUUUUUUCGAAUCGUGAGAAUGUAUGGAAAACAGCGCACGAAUAGAACUGGCAGAUACGGUUGCGUAACGUCAAGAUUUUGGGUGAUUCUUGUGUGGUUCCAUAGCGGAAAAAGCACACCCGGGGGAAUUGCUGCUAUAAGGGACUUCGUCGCACCGCCCAAAACUUCAAACCUGAAAACGGUGCUUCAGUUUUGGGAGAUUUUUUUUGGUUGGUUGGUUGUUGUUGGAUUUUCUUUCUCCCGGGGUACUCUGGUUGCUAAUGGGUGUGGAAGUUAAGAAGGAAGAGGUCUUUUGUGUCGAAGUAGCUCAAAAUGAGAAUUCGGUUUUAUGUAAAUGACUUUUGGCUUUCGAUGCUACACGGAAGAGAGAAAGAGGUUCGAAGUUCUAAACAUCUUUCGGUACGGCAGAACAGAGCAUUUUUUUCGUAAAGGAAAUUGUGUUGGUCAAUUUUUAGGAAGUUAUUUAACCAAAAAACACAUUACGAAGACUAUCAACCGUGCCGCGCUAGCGAUAGUUAAAUAAUGGAGUGAAAAACGAUCCUUUUCUUGGGGCGGGAAGGCUAAGCUGCUUCAUACCUUACCAUCAUCACUUCACUACGCGGUUUGGCGAAAAAUAGAAGAAAUCAUCAAUAUUAAUGAAUAUGGAAGAUUCCCGUCCGAUUACACGAAGAUUAGGUUGUUUUCGUUUUUCUUCAAAUCGAAAUCGAUAAAAAAUGGCUUAGUUAAAUGAUUGAAAAUAACGCGAUAAAUAUUGAUCGCCGUUAGCGAGCCUGCUUUUGGUGCCCAUUUGCCGCUGCUCAGGUUGAUUCUUUCGGGUAGCUUGAAUCGUUCAACUGUGGGCUCUCGGCAAUACACAAAGCAAAGGGAAAAGGCUCAACCGAAGUAACUGCUCCGCCGAGAAGCAUAAGUUUAUCGUGGUUAAUUAAUCAGUCGCUAUUUUAAUCAACCGCUUUGAAGGCUAUUAAUUAAUUUAACACUCUAUUAAGAGCAAAUAGAUGCUGCCCCUCGGAUGUUGAUGUGGUUGAUGGGAUCGAGACGCAGCGUAUUGGGUCGUGCGCUAUCCGAAGUCAUUGGCAAAAGGAAGGAAAAUGAGAAGAAAAAAAAAAUCCCCCGCCCUGGCAUGCUAUCAUCUACCGGACACCCGAAGUGGGCUAUCAUCACGGUGGCACAUUUAGCGUCACCCCAACAAAACUUUGUUGAUUUGAUAAGUUGAGCGACAAUCAACUCCAAAUAAAUCAAGAUGCAAAUUAAACUCGAGCAAACCGCCCGAUAAUGGGACAGCGAACCAUUUGGCGAGACCGACACGAGCGGAGUCCAUCUCUAGGCCCCCGGUCUCGUUCGUUUUCGAGUGACCUCUACUGCUACUCUGCUACCCCGAACCCGGGAGUAGGAGAAAUUUAAAUACGGCACACCACACCGGCGGCUCUGUGUCAACCGCGCAGGCUGUCCGGAUGUCGUCUAACAUUCCUAACAGCGCGCGACACUGUUAGCGCGAACACGUUGCGAUAGGCAGCAAGAGUAGCAGCGCCCAAGGGUACGAUAAUGUCCACCCCGAAACGCCAUUUGACUAGGUCUCUCGCUGGCAGCGUCCCGUUGCAUCUUGCAAGGAGUAGUGCGCGCACACACCACGACGGCUCAACUCCCCAAUUAUGUACGGAGCGCCUGAGAACUCUCCCCGGACAAAGGGGGGUAGGGGUUUUGAAUGUGGGACUCCGGUAGCUUGGGCUCAGUGUUCCGCUGAUUAAUGCGGUGACAAAUUGAGUCGACGCUGGACCUCGUCAUAAAUCACAUUGGCCACUGCGGUGCUUGCCAACUGCCAUAUUCCGUCCACCGGAGGCUUACGAAGAGACCUCCGAACCUGAUCCUAACCGUGCCGUUUGGCACAUCGUUUAUGGAAUUGGUUUGGAAGGACCUACCCGGAAUAGUUUGUAGCGGCUGGUGAAACUUUAGUGGAACGUUUGCUUUUGUGCCAAAUUGUUGGACACUAGCCAGGUCGUGUGCUGCCACUCUUAGGUGAACCUCAAGUUUGCAAGUUUGUUCCAAGCCAUCACAUGCGGUGUAUGCGUGUCUGUGAAUGUGCCGUGGCAAACCCAUUAGCGCAACACAGAAGCCAGAAGUUGUACGAUAAAGAACCAACAACAAAAAAAUGGACCAAAAAUUUAGAUCAAGUUUUAGAGAACAGAGUGAUGAUGCACAGGAGACCAAGAGGUGAACCCAUUAAUUGCUGAAGAUAAGUUAAGGCCACCGAGCAUGUUGUUGACUACUGAUCGAUUUAUUUUCUUGCAUAAUUAAUUUAUUCUUAAUGAAUCCCGUUAGUUAAAAAUGUUUUCUAAUGGAAUAAUUUAAAGAUAAGAUGGCCAAAUGUGAGAAAGAGGUUAUUUAUCGUGAGUGUGUGAUAGAAGCUUUCAACACCGAGUGUCUAUUGAAAGAAGCUUUACUCAGUUUUGUUUUCUUUGUGAAAAAAGAUUGUGAUUAUCUGUACAAUUAAGAAAAUGUAAGAAUUAGUUAAUUUUGUUUUGGAAAAUGUUGCUUUUAAGCUUUUAAGCCAUUACGGCUUACACACAAAGUUUCGGACACAAAGCUUUUAAGCCAUUUCGGAAAUUCGCCUUGAUUUUGCCUUGAUUUCGUCUUGAAGUCUACUUAGAGAAGUGUUAACGUAACUGUAUUUAACAUUUAUAUAACUUAUUUUUUAUCUUUAUUAUUUCGUUUUAGUAAUAUUUGAAGAAAUAUCCAAUUUUUCAAGGAUUAUAGUACUCGUUUUUUUUGUAUUCCAAGAAAUAAAUUAACGAAUACCAUAAUAAACAUACAACUGUUUAGUUACCUUGAUUGCCGGACCAUUGGAUCUCACUCGUUCCAGAAUCCAUAAAUCGUUGUUUCGUACUCAAUCAUCAUGAGUUGGGCGAAUUUUUAUUGCUUUUAUUUUUACCGUAAAUUAAAUUUAUGGACGCAACAAAUAUCUCGAACGAUUUAAAUCAACCCAGCUUUACGUCCCGAUUUCGCAGCAGCCAGGCUGUUACGUUUCCCGGGCUGUUGAAAUUGAUCCCCGAAUGACAGCCACCGAUAGCACCAAUAAAUCUGUAUCGAAUAACAUUGGAUCAUCUACUGCGGGGGUAGAGGUGUGGAGGUACGGGUCCGAACUGGAGGAAGUUGUCUCUGACCCUGGGGGGCAAGCAAUAAAAAGUAAAUCUUUCACUCGUGUAGCUCUGGUCAGUGGUUGGACUGCUUUUUUCGAGUGCAAUAGGCGGCAGUGUAUGUGUGUGUGUAGCACAUGUGUUUGGGUAUCGGUGUAUGUUGUCAUUGUUGAAUCGGGUUGAAGAGGUUUUUGGAGGUAAUAUCUCAGAACUCUCAGAGUUUGACCGCUGUCAAUCUCAUAGUUAGCUUCACGCACUGGUAUCGUAAACCUUUCGGUGAUCGAGAACUUCUACGAGCUUAAGCCACCAAUCCGUCGCCACCGUGUUGUGCAUAUCUCUCUGUCUCUCCAGACCUUGGGCAAUGCGGGACGCCUAACCUCCUGCCGUGGGCUAAUCCAAUUAAGCUGAAUUUGUUUCUUCACGAUUUGGUGCGGGGGGAGUUUUUUUUUGUUGAGGAAAUAAAAAAUAUAUCUAUAAAAACUACAACCAUCCCUCUUGCUUGGGGGAAGAUACCCGAAAAGAUGUCGCACACGCCGGACAUUUGAGAGUUAGCUUCUUGAUUCCUUUUCUUCUCUCUAUCUCUCGCCGUAUUGCCCUUUCUUCCAAGAACAUCGAUAAUCUGCCGAUUCUCGGUUUUUAUUUUGCGUUCGCUUUGCUAAAUCCAUCCGCCCCGGGUUUUGAUCUUACUUUUUCGUUCCGCAUCUCCGGCCGAGAAGGACUGGUUUUGCUCAGGCUUCCAAACUCAAGCUUUAUUUUCGGCUGACGGCGAUUUCGGACGAUGGUUUGGGCAAUAAAUAUCUUGAAGGAGACGCGCAAUCGUACCGAGAGCCGUUUGUCGAAAAGCAAAAUACACUUUGCAAAUCGCUUUCGAACGCAAAUGAGAAUGUGGGGAAAAGCGAAAACCGUAAGAUGAAGUUGAAACGUUUUUCGUCUCUUAUUUUAUAAUCAUACAUAUAUUUUAUUUAACUCUUGAAAACGUCUUGACUACUUUCGGGCCACGAAUGGUUUUGGCGGCCGAUAGCUUGUUGUUGUUUUUUUUUUGCUGUUUUGGUUGGUUGUGGAGCAAAGGCCACAAUUUCCUUCCAUUCGCUGCACGAGUGAAAUAUAUGUGCGGUCGAUUAUCUUUCGAACGCUUCUAGUGAUUCGUGAUACGAUCGAAAGGAAUUUCGCAAACUUGAACUCUCGCAGUUGACCCUGUAAAAUCGAUUUCGAUACUCCAAAAUGUUCGCAAAACUUACCAAAGUGCAUUUUGAAUGGGGUGGGAGAUAAGAGAAGAAAAAAAAAGCAAUGUGAAAAGCAUUAACGGUUUUUUUAAACAGCUUUUAAAAAUACAAAUCACCACUCAAUAAAGAAGAAGUUUGAAAAUAAAAAAAAACAACAUCCUGAAGUCGACUGCAAAACCGAAGUCUAACGCAAACGCUUCGUAACGCUGGCCGGCGAUGUCGGAUUAACGGCCAAAACUAUUGGGUCCCUUUUUUGGGUGCAGCAAAAUUAUUGCUAAUUAAAAGCAAUCAAAUUAGUGGCACAUUUCGGUGCGUCUUUUGCGGAUGAUUUUGAGCAAUUUUGGGGCGGGUAAAUGGGAUUUCUUCUAUAUCCCGCACCGAAGAGGCUAAUCAAAUAAUCGACCCGAUGGAAGGAAAUCACUAAAAUGUGUGCUUUGGAUUGGUGCGUUUUUUUCCUUCUCUACUCUCUACUCUUCUCUCUUAGUUGUGUGCAUCUUUGCACAAUUCUACGCGGAGUGUGCAUUUGCACCCUAAGUGCGAAAGAGAACAACACACUCUUGGGGAAUGCACUCGCUGAUGUGCUUUGUCGGUGUGUGAUGCAAAUCAUGGUGUUGCCGUUAACGAUUAUUAACGGCAACUCAACAGGAGAUAUGGCAGUUGCAAGUAGAAGCAGGGCCCCGUUGCAUUGCGGCGGAAUGGAAGCAAAGAAAAAUGGUUUGUGCUAAUUGAAUGGACAACUCGAUGGCAUUGAUAAUAUUUUCCUCUCCGCCACCGCCAAUGCCUCCCUCCCCGAUAUUGAAUCUCGCCCAACUCUAUUCGCUAUCAAAGUAAAAUGAUGAUGACGAUGAUUGGUGGAUAUGGUGGUGGAUGGUCAAGUAUGCCGCGAUUGUCCGGUUUGGAAUGCCAGCGCCCACAAAGUGUCCGCGAGCUGUGGGAAAACACAUUUCAUCCGACAUCCGUGCCAACUGCAUUAUGAAGGCAUUCCGGCCCUUUAUUCUCCCCGCCACUCCGGGAUGUGUAUGAUGAUUUAUUCGCUAACUGUGUGUGUGUGCGCCCUUUUUAACGCGCGCCCGCGCCAUGUUUAUUGUUUUGAUGCAUGAAAUAAUAACUUCACGGUUCCGUUCGACGUACUACCUUAAAGUGCACUUGUUGGUGUAGCACAGUUCCCAGUCUGUCCCGGCGAGGUGGCAGUGGACGUGUUGACAGGUGCCGGAACCUAUGACACGUAUUCGUACGUCAGCGUGUAAUGGUAGCGCCGGAUCGCAGGGAUAUGAAGGGUUUUUUUGGGGCAGAGGCUGAUGGUUUCUCACUGGCAAAUGAAGCGCGAAAUGCGCGCCUGCAUGUUAUAUGCAGCACUGCACUACCAACGGUUCCUGUAUCGGAAACACAGACUUAACACGAUUUUGCAGUGGACAGCCCAUUACGACUCAUGUGUAAUUAAUGAGCCGCACACACUAUUCUUCAGUGUUCAGCUGGAUGAGUUCCUACCAAAUGUGUGAGGGGACUUGUUGUGUGUGAAGGGUCGUCCAUCCGUCGACACCUCCGAAGGGCGUGCAACAAUGGCUUUAGCAAUGCGGCAAACUAUUGAAAUGCAAUUACGCUUAAAAUGCAUCAUCAUUAUGCACACCCGAGUUGGCAGCAUUCGGUUGCAUGAGCGGUUUAUUCGUGCGCACACUUUUACAACGGAGGAGGGUUUUUUUCUUCUAAUUGUGACAAAACGAUUCAAGAUGCAACUGAUAGUAUUGUCCAUUGCAAACUCCGAAGGAAUGCUUCCGUGCAGGGUAAUGCAUUCGUUUCGCCAUUGUUUGUUGUUUUCUUUAGAUUUUCUUUAGAUUGUGCCGAUUGUUUUGCUUAUACUUUUUUUUGGGAUUCAAUUUCUGAAUGUAGUGCAACAUUAUUUUGUGCCAUUAAAGAAUUGCUUUUUGUUUGAAUAAAGACGUUUAUAAAUAUUUCAAAUAUUUCUAUACAUUUAGAUUCUGAGCUACAAAAUCAGAAUUAAAGCUGUUAGAACGUAGGAGUUCGAGAAUUAAGGAUGUUUAGAGUAUUUUAUGUGUAAAUUUAACACUACAAUUAUCAAGCGUUUAAAGCGUUUUUCAUUAAAUGUUACUCUGUAAAUAAUUUCGAAAAGCUGUACUACACAAUUUAUCUUGAAGAUCGUACUAUGAAAUAGACAUAUUAAAAUCAUGUAUCAAUUAUUUUAGGAUUGUUUAAACCCAAAAAUUAAUGUGAUAAAAAUGAAGCGUUGAUGAAGCGUCAAAAUCCGGUAGUUUUAGGUAGAUGAUCAAAUAAUAUGGAAUUUAAAAAAAAUAGAGCUUAUCAUUUAAAAAAUGUGUUUCAUUUAAAGAAAGUUUUAUUCAAUGAAUUGUGACAUUGUUGUGAUCUUUAACACUAGAACUACUAGGCGUUUUUAGCGUUUUUUGUUAGUGUUUAAUUUUUAUACAAUUUCGAAAAGUUGGUAUAUAUUUUAUUGUUUAUUGCAGAUCGUGCUUUAGAAUAUAUCUGUAAAAUUCUUGUUUCAACUAGCUUAGGAUUGUUUAGAUAUAAAUAAAUAUUUUGAAUGAAAUUUAGAAAUAAAAUAUUUUGAAAUGAAGAGUUCCUGUCAAAAUGACUGGUCCGUUAGUUCUACAGUUAUUGUUACUGUGUGUCAUUUUGCUUUAUUUGUAAAUUGCUAGUUUUGAAUAGAUCCUUUUUGCCAUUUUAUCAUAAAUGUUUUUUUAUUAGAUUCCAGGAAUUUUCAAAAGUCUUUCCUUUAAAACUUUUCCUUGUUCAAAAUUGAAAAACUUUCCUUUAAGAAAAUACAACUUUUUUCGAGCUCUCUCUCAGUCUCUCGAAGACUAAUUUUAUUUUUUUAGGUAAACAUUUAAACAAUGAAUUUACACCACUUAGUGAUUUGUAUAGUUUGGUUUUGCUCAAUACAAUAUUGCCGGAUCGUUCAACGUACCUCAGACGCAUCGUAAAACCACAAUCCCACAAGAAAAAAGGUGUCUCCUGUCGACGCUUAGCGUUACACCACAUCAAUAAACGUAUCAGUAUCAGUAAAUCUAGUGUCAAACCACAUCGUAGUGUUCUCGCCGCAUAUCACCCCAUUGCUUUUGCGCCAAGGUUUUCCACCCAUCAAUAGCUCGACAUCAAAGUUCUUUGGUACCGGUGGAAAGUUAAUUUUCUCCGUGUCUCUACCGUGUCAUCGCGGUUGUGUUAAGAGAAAGGUUUCAACCGACGGGGCCGAAGAUGUACCUUCUUGACGUGCCACAGUGUAAACGGUUGGUCGAUGCAGCGACAGUGGCUUACCUUCUGUAAUCACGUUUUCGAGUGCGUCAGCUGUCUGCUUUCUUGAGCCACUUCCGGUAUGUUGGCGAAUGCGCUAGUACGCGUCUCUUAUAAACAAUAUUCCUUUUGAUGUUGGGAUGGGGAUGGGGUAACAUUUGCGAAAGGAGCUAACGCGUAUCUUUGCUUCCCUCUGGAAGCAAAAUGUUAUGCGCCUUGAGUAAUUCGAUUCGGAAGUAACACGAACCGCUGCUACAGUGUACCGUUGAGCCAUGGCUGGUGCGCUACCGGUAUGUGUGUGUGUUUGUAUUAGUCCAUUUGCUGCUAACGAGAAGAGGAAAAUGAGAAAACUUUCCCUACCUUUCCAGCAAAAAUUCUCGCCACAUCUACUCAUACACACUGCUUAAACUACAUCGUCCCAAUGCAAAAAGGGUUUUUAUCGGGCGCUUUGUCGCCCGUUAGUGGAUAAUGCCUUAAAUUUCUUAUGCAAAAUUCAUUUAACAGUUUAAGUUUUAAUUAUUUAUGUGCAAACGGGACGGAUUUAUCGUGGUCUCGAGCUUUGAAUGGACUCCCGCCCAGUUAGUUCAGGGCUGCAGAUCCUUCAGGGGUGUGUUAUGCCACAGUUCCGAUACUAAAUGCCAUGGUACUAGUACGAACCCAAAUCGGAACAGUUGGAAAUGAUUGGUGAAUAAAUAAUUUAAUCAAACUCACCCCGUUCUCUGGUUCGACCGGUUCCACAGCAGCAGCAGCAGCCGGUUUGGCAUCUAAAGAUCCAGUGCUGUGCCGAAGCAUAAAUUUAAAACACACAAAAACCAAAGAAAAAAGAGCGAAAGGUAAAAUAAGAUUACACUAAAAGCUUCCCCGUUUGCGUUCGUUAGUGGCGCAUUAUCGUGCAAUUAAUAAUGCAAUAUAGAAAAUAUUAUUUCUCGUCGCUCUUGGGCUAAGGUUUUUUUUGUUGUUGUACUUGCUAGUGUUUAACGACGAAGGUACUAACUCACAGCAGGUGGUCCUAGCGUGUAUGAUCUGGUAGCCUUUCAAGGUACCUUCUUUGGGUACGUGCGACACGUAUUGACGGUUGUGAUUAAUUUGCAUUCCGGUUUGUAGCUGAGAAAAUGAUUAGCUAGUAGCUGACUGACCUUUACCGUAGUGUAUGUUCAGGCGAUGAAAGAGGUUAUCGCACAAAAUCCAAUCUGACACAGUAACAAUUUAUUCUGUACGUCCGAUUCGACACCUUACGUGUCUUGGGUAUGGAUUAGUAAACGUACAACGUUGCUUAAACCCCAUUUAAUACACGUCCGAUAGUACUGUGUCCAGUGUAUCAUGCUUUGUAAAUUAAUUGAAUGCAUCAAUGUAUGUUCUGGUGGUGGAUUAAACUAUUUCGGAGGGAUUUAAGGUGAUGCAUAAGAUGGUGUAACACUGACCGGGGGGGUGGAAGGAUAUGCAAUUCUCUAAAGAGCAUUAAGAUGUGUCGCUGCUGGGUGAUGGUUUGAGGCGUUACUGCUCGUAAAUAUUUGCUGUGCACUAACAGAUGAUAGCAGCUCUAUUGCCUUUAAGGUAACCACAAUCACACGUAAAGAUAACUACAGUGAUGGACAAUUAAAUAAAUCACGUUAGAACACUGUUGGGGUGAAAUUUAAUUUUUAAUAUUUCAAUCUAAAUUUGUAAUCUAAAUAUGUUAAGAACCAUUUUCUUCAGUGUCUUAGUACAUAAAAGCAGAUAUAGGGGAAUUUUUUGCAUCAUAUUUCUUUUUAUUUGAUGCAGUAAAAUUAACCUAGUCGAGUUAAGCCAAAUAAAAAAAGCUUUUAUUAAUUAAUUUCACUUAUAAAUAUACCCGGGUUUCAUUUCUUUAAGUCAAUCUUUUAACAUAUGAUAGUUGCUUAGAGAAAAGUGUAAUAUGGACAAGUGUACGUCAAUGUUAUGAAAUAAAUGAAGAUUUUAUUUAAUAAUGAAAAACGUUAAGCGUUUUUAAAUGAAAUAAAAUAAAAUUACUACAAGGAAAAUUUAAAAAAAUAUUAAUAAUAUUGUUUAAAAUUUUAAAAGAGGAACACUAAACACACAAUGCACUUCGCAUUUACGAAUAUAUUUUUAAAUUAAAAAUUAAUAUUCAAUCUUUGCUCGCGAACGACUAUUGCUAAAAAGCAAGGAUAAAACACAUAAAUAAUAGUUUUACACAAAAUGCAAUGAAGUCACAAUUGUUCAUUAUUUUUUUCAUUUUAUUUCUUGCGAACUGUGUAGAGUUUUGUUGACUAUAUUAAUACUGAAAAACCUUAAACAGAAAACUCUCAAAAUCUUAUUUUACUGGCCACUAGUGUAAAUUACUUUUACUUUAAUUUUAAAUUACCCAAUGCCCUUAUGUACGUGUUAUAAAAAGACGCCCUUAUGUACGUGUUAAAUAAAAAUUAAAAUAAACAAUUAAAAAUUAUCACCCUAUUGUCCUAUUUCACUGGCCAACACUGUAAAUUAUUCAUACUGUGAUUAUUAGGGUAAUAAUCGGAAGAUGUUUUGGUUUAGAUUAAUUUCCUUUGUCACGAAUAACUUCAUGCGUAAAAAAUUUGCACAAUUUGCUGCUUAAUUAGCAAACCUGCAUUUAUCUGGCAUAUGCCGUAGCAUCUUCAUCAUUGACCAAGCAUUCAUUGAGUCCCGCAGUAAUUUAAUUCACAACUGUUAAGUUUUUUUUGGGAUCUACAAAAUAUCACGGCUAGACACGUUGGCAAAUAUUUGAUAAUAAUGCGCUCAACAAACACCAAAAGGUGCGCAAUGUCGUCAGACGCUAUCUUUGUGUCCGCUACCUUUUUUGCAAUAAAUCUUCUCUCGUCCUGUGUGCUCUUGUUUUUGGUUUUUUUCGCUCAAUACCGUACUAAAUGGUCUCCAAACUCGGUGUGUGACUGCGGUUUUCCAACAAAACCCAAACAGCGCAAAUUUAUUCCAAAAGCGUUUAGAUAUUUUCUCCAAACAAUAACUUUAUCAGUCGCGAAGCGAAACUAAAAUAAAAGACAAAUGCGAUUUAAAACACAAAACGCAACGAAACAUCGUAGAGGCCACAUAUAUUAAGCAGGCAAAUGGUGGUAGCACCACGAAUGGUUUAACCGUUUUCUCUGCGUCCUCUGUUGGCGUUCUUUUCUGUGUUUGGGGCGACAAGAUGAAUAGCGGGCGACGAUUAUUUGUGUUGGUUUCGUGGAGUUUUUUUUUACUUUAGUUUUACGGUCUCCUGGGUCGCAUUUGUGGGGUAGAAAAGCGGGGAUGCGACUGCGGCUCAUUUAGAAUUCAUUCGUACGCUCAUCUACAUUAAUUAGUGCGCGUGAAGUGGAAAUUGGCAAAUGCUUUUAAAAUUUUAAAAAGGCGUUCUUUUUGUCCAUUUCGGCCAUGCGAAGUUGCUCCCCCUCGUUCGGGUGAACCGAUCGAGAUCAUCUUGCCUUGCAACUGGUGCGGGUGUGUAUGAUUUAUACCCUUUAGAAGGAAGGACCAGACUAUGCCAGCUACUGAUCGUACGCGGGAAGCAGAGAUAGCAAACCUCGGUUGGGUGGUUAAGAAUAAUCCAAUGAUUUUACAGAACCAUUAACUUCCAGCGGCGGUAUAAAAUGGUAGACCAAAAAAAAAAUAAUAAAAAGGAAAAAGGAAAAUAUAUGUAGAUUUGUUUUCUUUAUUCCCAACAAGAAAUUCCUUUAGAACUGUACCCUGAUGCCGCAUACAAAGGGGGUUUCUGACGGUGAAUUUCAACGGGGUUUAGUACAGCCACUGAAUGGAGUGGAUGGAACGUAUCCUUCAUCGGCGCCUUGAUUUAAGUUAUGCAAAUUAUAAACAGGCAACUUCAUUUUUCACCCUUUUCUAAAGAAGGUUUUGCGUAUCGAUUCGCUUAACCGAUCGGUAUAAAUUUUGAUUUCGAUGCGGAAAGCUACAAAUUAGAUUUGGUUUUUCUUCCGUACAGAAGUUUCGCGAAUGAUUCAAACAUAAACAAAAACGAAGAACAAACGCUACACAGGAAAACGUUAAAUUUUUUUGACUCGCUUGCAAAGUUUUGACCCCGCAGCUCUGUGAUCCGCGGUUGUUUAAAAGUGAUAAAAUUUGAUUUUUUAUCGUGCGGUGUCGUAAUCUCAUAAUUCCCAUUUAAUAACUUCGUUCUACUGUGCCGGAAGUCACGAACCGGGUGUUGUUUUAUUUUCGGUGGUUUAAUUCUGAAACGGAUUUUUUUUUGCUGGUUUCUGCGUGUGUAUUUCGGCUCCAUUAGGGCAGUCCUUACCGGUGCGUACCGGUAGACGACGGCUUUUUAGCUCAUUCAUCGUGUCCAAGGAUUUGUGGAAAGAAAAUGGAUGCCGUAAUGAAUAUGGGAGUAUAAUUUUGUUAUUAAUUUAUUCGUCCUGAAAUUGGUGUUUUGGUACGGCUGGGAUACUUUCCACCCCGUGUCUAACAUGUUUUAUUUUUCCUGCAACUUGUCUGUCCCCAUCGCAAUCCUCCGGAUCAUGUGCCUUGUUUCGUGACUUUUUGGGUGAGAGAGAGAGAGAGAAAAAAAGAAGUUUAUUUGAUUGUUUCUUACGACCGUGGUAAUCUGUUUGUUAUUUUUAUUGCUUAUUAGAAAGCCUGUCAAACGGAAUUUAGGUUGUUACGGUGAGGGGAAAAGCCGUGGAAAAGCGUUAAAAACUUUCCUGGUGCCCCUGGUUCACCCGGAAAUUCGAUGGAAGCAUUAGAUGGUGGCAAGGUGUCGAAUCCUUAGAAAAUCGAGAUCUUUACACUUCCCCAUCAUUUUUCACAUCUGAGCUGAAAUCUUUCAUUCGUCUUCCCUUGAGUUGAGGGAGUUUUUUUAAAUUCUACAAACCAUUUUGAAAACCUUCGUCCAUGUUGCGGCUGUCAGGGGAUAAAGUUUUUAAGCGAACCAGAGAAACCAGCUUCAAUGGCGAAUAAAAAUAAAAACCUGCAUAGCGGGAUAAGUUUUUCCUGAACAGCUCCCGGUAGUUUCAACAAAAUUUUUCUUCUCCCCAAUUCCACCUGCAGUUUGUCUACUCAACUCCAUGCUAGUUUUUGCUCGCUUCAAUUGCCACAUAGGAGUGGCACACGGGGUUCGGCAAGCGAUUGAUGGUUAGAAUGCGACCUUCCGCCAACAGCUUCGUGAGAUCCCGUGGGUGCACUCGAAAACAGUUGAUAGCAGUUCGUACAACUUUUGCACCAACAUUCGCUACCGCGAGCAGAAACUUCCCGACGAGAAUAUGCUGGAAAACCAAGGAAUCAGUGUUAGAGUUGGGGAAGUUUUCGAUUGCUUUCUGGUACGAUUCAACCAGCUUUCCGGUCGAUACUCGAUUGGCAAAAUGGUGUGCAGCGUUGGUCAAGCCACUUGUGACGUUAUUAGGAUGUACUACUUGUACUUUCAAGCAUUGUACAUUGACCACACUUUUAUGGUGGAAAGCAAAAACAAAAACCAUCUUAACUUUAUUAUUAAAGUCUAGCUUUUACAUCUUCACAUUUUAAUAUGAAAUGUUAUAUUUCAGUGUAUUUCUUUCUGAUAUAGAUAAAAAAGGGAAACGACGACUCCAACGCAGUACAGUUACAAUUCAGGUCAAUUAUUAGAGAGCAGUUCGAAGACCGCCCUAGUGACAAGAGAACGUCGUAUCGACGACACCGUGAUUGAUCGAUAUGGCACCACAUUCUUGUGUAAAUGUGUCCGUUCCAGUGGUCAUCCGAUGCCUUCCGGGUAGCACACAGAGAGUACCCCGUGUCAGCGAGUAAUGUUCGCGGCUAAUGGAUUUUGAAGGUUUCGACAAGGGAAAUUAGAGCAGCAGAUCACACCACAGAUGGGAUGGUUGACCGAGGCAAAAUACAGAAUCCCUGUCGUAAAUGAACACAAAUGGAAGCUCCUCAGUGUAGGAAAGUGGAGACCUUCUUACGGUUAAAUGAGUGGACGGAUGUGUUGGUCAGUCAUGGUUUUUUUUUAUUCUCCACCCAACACUGAAGGAUGCCUGGUUGUUGUGAUGCCGCCUGUAUGUCAGUUCAAUUGAUUGCAAUUUUCUUCGCUGAUCGACAUGCUUUCCGGAGUCCGGAGCGCGGAAUUGAUAUGGCAGGCAAAAGGCAUCGCCUCAAGUGGCUCAUCGAGUAUGAGUUUUUUUCUUUUGCCAACUGCUCAGUAGAUGAUUGAUGGAGUGAGCUAAAUUGUUCUAAUUUAUAUUUAUCCUACGCUGUUGAUUGCAUUCUCUGCAACCACAGUGAUUGUAUGUCUUGAUUUGAAGGGGUAUUUAUCAUACAAUGCGUACUAUCCGUAGUAUGACUAAUGCUGAUGGGGUAUUUUAACAUAUUUCUAUGUUGUUUGUGGCAUUGCAUUAUUUAUGAUCCCUGUUUUCCAAUGAUCUUAAAAUUAAUAAGUUUCAUUGUACAAAAAUUUGGAAAUACAUUAAAGUGUUACAUGAGUUAGGGAAUCUUUUUUUUUCAUUCGUCUAGAACGGCCUGGCCGUAUGGAUAUGGAAUCGAUUUAUUGAUUUAUUACCAGGGAAGCGAGUAGAUGCUACUCGAGAUCAACUUCCGCAUGACCAAAAGGUCGUACAAUGCCAAACUCCAGCACCAGCAUUGAUGUUGUGAAAUUAAAUACCACCUUCAAGUUAUUCUACGCAUAACUUCAACAUUCAUUUGGCUCGUUAGCAGAAUAAAUACUUGGAAUUAUCCCAGAGUUUUAUCACACAGGAUACUGAAGCGAAAAUUACAUCAAAGUUCAAAGUUUGAACAAAUCGUCAAAUUCUUAAGAAUAUAUUGUGGAUGUGGAUUUACAACUUCACACUUUCGAUGUUGUUCUCAGGGACUUCAAUGCCACAUAUUUCCAGUCUCCGAUCAAUAUUACCAAACGUUGAGGAAUAAUUCUAAUCAGUUAAUGUUGUCAAUUUGUCAGUCGGGUGGAAGUAUCAGCAUCCUUCACUAUCACUCGGAGAGAUCGGCUCGACGGUUUCCUCACACCCGAGCCACCCGAGCCUCCGCAAUAAAAACUUGAUAAGAUUAUUUUACUUCACAAAUACCGCGCUUGUAAAUAGGUGAUAUUGAGAUUUUUUUUUUUCAAUGCACUUAUUGUAUGACUAUUGUACUAUUGAUUUAUUUUUCAAUUAAAUUUUGCGUUACAAUGAGCCAUCGUUUUUUUCCUUUUGGUUUCUUUUUCACAGGUCCUUGUAAAUCAUGCCAUGCAAAUAAUAUACAACACGCACUAAUGGUUUCGUUUGCAAUACACUUCAACCCAAAACCAAAACAGAUGGGACCCGAAAAGGGUAAAAAAUAUAUAAAAAAAAACAGAAGCAAAUAGAGCAAUGAUGCGUCCCAGCUCAUAAUUGUGAAAAUUAAUUUUACAUUCACACCACCAGUCGAACCACUCGAGGGAUAUGCACAGUUUCGAGUGGCCACCACACUCGACGGGGUAGCCCUAGUGUGCACGUGCAUUAUUCGAGCAUGAAUCAACGCGCAAACACGACAACACGAAAUGGCGAUCACCCACGGUCAUUGCAGCGGCGGCACUUGCCAAUACGAAACUCAUUAAUUUUGGUACACUCUACCGGGUCAGCCGGUAAGCUACCUCGCACAAUUUCAAGACAAUAAAUUUUAAAAAUCAAUUUUCCUCUACACUCCAGGGAAGUAAAAGGACCGCUACAAUGCGUUGCUUUUGGUCACUCGUUUAACAAUCCUCGUAGUGUUUUUUGUUGUGUGUGUUCGCGUGUGUCACCCAUUAAUGCAUUUUUAUUGCAAUAAUAAUGCACAUUUUGCUCGUAGGGUUCUCGUAGUUUUGUUCGGGAAAUUAAAAUUUCCUUUUGGCUACUGUACAAAUUGCACAAGUACGGGUAAAAGAGCUUGAUGAAAAGCGUGUAGUAGCCGUGGGCGAAGGGUUUUUUUUACCUUGUACCUCGUAUAAAAUGCAAACCCGUAAUGUCAUAAAGGAAAAAUGACAAAAAAAAAAUAAAUAUGAAGGCAAAUUCUGGAUAGUUCAACUCAUGUGUUGGUUUCGUUUCUUUUGCACUCGCAAUUAUUGGCCUUUAGCGUGGUAUAGCAACGAAUACACAAUGCAAUAUCCAGCAUGCAUAGCAUUCAUUUUUAUGAUUCGGGAACCUUGUGUAUGCUUGUUUGUAUGUGUGAGUAAAAGCUCAACGAAAUUCGAUUGAAUAUUUUAUGGAUGGACAUUAUUAGCCUCCGGUCACCGGGGAUCGAUCGCGUACCCAAAUAAUUGGAAAAUGUAUGCAUCAACAAUUUUCUGCACCGCUCUAUUGCGAGCCACCUUUUUUCCACCCGCAACGGGAUAGUGAUUGAGGUUAUAGGUUUGUGUUGGAUGUGUAUGAAGAUAGAAUGAUGGGGGGGAAAACCGGGAAAAUUUCGUGAUAACGAUUGAACAUCAAAAAGGAAGUCAGUUUGUUCGUUUGGUGUAGCAAGUUGGGCCGCGCGCAUAUACAGGACACUGAUUCAUUUUUUGUGUGUCCCCAUUACAGCCUGAAAGGAAGGUGAUAAUUAAAUCAGAUUGUCAUUGGAAGUGGCAGAAUAUAGUACACAUUUGAAGGGGUACAUUUGUUAAGCGUGACUAGAGCUAUUUUUGUUUAAAUUUUAUUCGUUAAAGAGUGAAACGAAUUCAAAAUAAUGCACCAAGAAACAAAAUGGUGGUUAUAAGCCUUUAUUUAAAUUACAAAAUUAAUAUUUUUGUACAGGACUGAAGUGUUUUUAUUUACAUAAUUAUCUACUUUUUCGGAUUUAAUUAUUAUUUCUCGACGUGAUCUUUAGGAAUUUAAUAUUAUCUAAUCACUGCGAUGCCCUCCAAUUGCUAUUUGUAAUUAGCCAUUGUCAUAUGCAUUAGGUUUACCUAUUUCGAAACGCAGUAAGCAGUUCUGUUAUAUUAAGAGCCUGAGAAACUUACCAGAUCCAAUGCAAGAGAAUCAUUUUUUGUCAUAGAAGAAAAUAGGUAAAGGUGAUCCUUAGUAUAUGAGAGUCGUGGAUUUUAUAUUUAAGAGAUAUUUCCGUCCAUUUUAAGUCAAUAUUACGAUACAAGGUGUGACAACUUGUAAAGAAUUCAGAAAUAGUUUCGAACCUUAGCAUCCCGAUCUCGAGAAACCCUGUACUGGAGAGUAGGUAAACUAGAAAAAGCAUAAAACGUUUAAUUUCUAUUGCACCGCUUCUCGACCUUUACGAAUCAGAAGCCAAUGAUGCCAAGCCCUUAAAUCGCUUACUGCUGCAUUAAGAUAACUCUCUAACCAGCGCUAAACUAGCAGUUAUAAGACAAAAAAAAAUGGCCGUAUCAAAGGCACCACCCAGACUGUGACCGUUUUGCAACCGACUAAGGAUCGCUUUCGAAACGGGUAAAACAACCCCAUGACGGUAAAAAAAAUGAAAAGUUAAAUUGAAUUCAAUUGAUUUCGCGGCUCUCUUCAGGCAGCUCAACACCGUGUAGGUUUCGCUACCAGGAGGUACUAUUCUUCGUUAUAUAUAAAUAUUUUUCUACCAUCCAUCCAGAGUUUGGCUCACGUUUUUGCACGCCACGAACAUUCUCGUCGGCACUGGGAGGUGUGUUUAGUUAGUUGUUUGUGAACUGAAUGUUUUCCUUUUUUUGUUGCUACAUUCUCCUUCUCCCUUCUUUCCCCUUUCCUCGCAUCCAUCGUUUUUUACAAAAUGAAACAGUUUUCAUUUCUUAAGAUCAACAGCGUUUGGCGUGAAGAAUAAGCGAGGAGUGUGCUUUGCGCCAACGAAACAUAAACUCGAACUUUCAUUCGUUCGUUCGUUUUCGUAGGUGCGGAGCAUUUUCUCGUUUAACCAGUAAAUUAGAUGCUUUUGCGGCUAGGGAACAACAGUGCGAUAAGCGCAAGAAACGUACAGCUUGGGCAAUUGGCCACAGGAUCACGAGAGGGUGCCUCAAAAGUGGAGCAUCCAACUGCAUCCGGUUGCCAUGUGUGUUGUGGGCCGAGUGCAUAUCUUUCCACCGUCGUGCAAUCACGUCUCUCGUGUCGAAGAAAUAUCCAUUCCACCCGUUCAAUGGAAAACUAAUUGAAUAAUAGACAAGUAAAUGAUUGCCCCUAACGUUGGUGUGCCGAGGAAAAUCGCCGAGUGGAUGAAUGCACCGUUGAAAAGAAGCAAUCAUUCAGCGCGCAUCGACCGGAUCGGCUAGCAGCGCAAGAAAUCCGUUGUCCGGGACUACGAGAACCGGUAGUGGUAAGGGUUUUUUUGCCCGUUGCAUUUUGUGGUUGAUGCUCGUUCGUUUUUCUUGUGCGAUCGGCUUUAGCUGGGGAAAACGUGCUCUCUUCCUGGGGGGGUUUCAACUUCAGAUCCCUCCCUUCCAUCCAUCGUCCCUUUCCAUCACAUUUCCGGAGUUCGUUGCGAUGAGCACAAUGGGCACCACACGGGCGGAACUGGAGGAAGCAUUCUGCAACCGGUGCAUGCUGCACUCAGUGCGCUUUGACUUUGUUUUGUGCGCGUAUCGAGAAUUUUUUUUUUCGUUUCCUUCUAUCGCCACCAACUUUCAUUCUAUCGCCAUUUUUUUUUGCCUCUUUUUGCUCAGUUUGCUCCGGGCGCUUAAAUUGUAUCAUUUCUCUUUGCGCGAUGUGCAAUUUCGUUUCGAUUGAACGGAUUGAUUGGAAGCAGUUCGGGAAAACGCGCGAACCAAAAUUGGGUGCUCUAUUUUUUCGCACCCCGGUCGCGUUGGGGGGAAAGAUCAAUAUUUUAUUUUCAAUCAAUGACGAAGUUUGCGACCGUUUGUUGCCGCUUGUUAGAUGAUUUUAGCGUGACUAUUGGUUUUAUUGGUGUGCAAAAAGUUUUUCCGUGCUUCAUAUUUAAAGUGUUAUUUUGUAAUAAAAUAUUUUUUUUAAAUUAGAGAUACACAUAUAUGACCUUUCCUGGAUUUUUUCCUGGUUAGGUUAAUUUCAUGGAAAACUAUCGUUGAACUAUCGGUACUUUGAAAAAUAUUAAAUUCAACGAUAUCAGAAUACCCUUCAAGAAUUCGUCAAAUAUUAUCCAAAACCAAAAAUUUGAAUAUAUAUUUUUGAAAAAUUAUCUAUUUUCCGAUAAUUUUCAGUCUGAUGUCGAAAAUGAUGUCAUGUCGUGUGGUCAUGUGAUUUUCUUAUGAAACUGAAUUAAAUCGAAAUUCCCUACAAUACUCUCGUUAAGUAUUGGUGAAUUGUAUCAAGAAUCAGUGAUAAUAAUUGAACUCUAUUGAUUAACAGAUUUCGUAGAAAUUCUGGGUAACGUUUGUGUUAAUUGUUGCACAUAAAAAAUCAAAACCAUCUUUACUCUCACACCCCAGCGAUUUAAUAUGUUUUCAUUUAUAAAAUGUAACUCUUUUUUAUUACAAUAUAAAAGAAAACUUCUGUCCGACAAUUACCAGAAUGUAGCAUAAAUUCAGGAAAAUACACAGCGUAAUGCUAUCUUUCCCAUUCGGGGAAGUAACAAUUUUUGCCUCGUUUAUACGCGCGCAACCCCAAAGUAUGCUGUCAAUUUUAAUUAACGAUUCCGCGAUAUUUCCACAUUGCGAAUCUUUCUUUCCUGAACUCUACCCCUUCCGAGAUGGUGGUGUAAAUAUGCCUACCAGCCUCGUUACAACUUGCGUCGAGUGAAGACCGAUGAAUCAAGCGCGCCCGUACAAAGCGUACACACGAAACAUGGUGCGCAUACACACGCAUACAGCAAUAUGGCAGCGUUCUCGGUGUGUCCUCGGUGUGUCCUUUCCAUGUUGUACACCUUCAUGUUGCAAAAAGCUUCCAUCCCUGUUCUAGGGGUGGGUACCAAUCUUCUCCCCACCUCCCCGUUCUUGUGCUCGGGUCCGGUCGACCCGGUCCGGUUACGGUUGCAGGUUGCGCGAGUCAGCUUUGGUGGCCAGUGCAGGAAUUUGCAUUUGACUUACCAUAAAUUAAUAUUCAUAAAAACAUUGAAUUUUCUCACUACCUAACGAACGGCGGUGUACAAUGAGAAGGGUGUACAACAACCCGUUGGCCGAGCUUCGAUGGUGGAAAUGUAAUGUGUGGCCCUUUCGUUAAUAAAUCACUGCGACAUCGUCGACUAGCCCUAAUUGAUCGCAUAAUUCUUUCGCGCCAUGUACCCCCACAGGGGAAACCCGUUUUUGGAGGGUGGCUCGUGAACAUAUUCGUUAGCAUUAUGCACACCGUACUCUGGUGCGUUUUAGUUUGUUAUUUUGUUGCUUUUCCACUGCUGUUUUUCUUUUAUUUUGCACCGUUUAAUCGGGUCAUAUUUCUUCUCUUUUGCAGGUAAAUUGGCGUGUCCCUGGCGGGGAACCCCCACCCGGCGGAUGUUUGCAGUGUGUGCAUAAGUUUUAUAACCUAUCUAUCCGGGCAUACACCUUAUCGGAUCGACCAGCAAUCAAUAAUUGCCUGCGCGAUAGGAAGAUGAUCAUCCGAUACCAAGGGUAGGCAGAAGAAACGGUCCACCCUUGGAGGCGAUUGUUUUCGUUUACAUUGUAUCCAACUUCAGCUUGUGAACCUGUGAUCGAAACGAUGCUACCAAAAUUGCAAACAGUACGAUAAACCGUUGGCAACCGUGUACGGCAAUCUUCCAUAAGGUCGACUAAUUGCAACAUAAUGGAAUACGAGCAUCGCUGUUUGUACGGAGCGAUCGGUGCACAUAAAAGAUGAGCAACGGCCCUGCACGACGAUCCACGCUCGAGAGUAUAAAAAAGACUAUGACGAUUCGGGUGGUUCCAUAAAGCCGGAAGUUGCUGUUUUCCCCCCAUUCCAACGCGAAGAACCCCCAUAAGAGCAGCAGUGAAAGUUGGGUAGUUUGGAGAUAUCCCUCUUUCCCCAAAAAUAAAACAGCCACCCCUUGGGUGUCCCGAAACAUCAUCCACAACGACACGACCCUUUCGGCAAUCAGUUCCGUAAGGGAGAACAAAGAAGACGAUACCACGAUAGUGUCCUCCGUUACGCCAUACUUCUUCGCCCAUCAUAAUGAGAGCACAAGUGAUCAGUAGACAAAUAGCCCGAGGCUCUCCCCGCAACACGAUGUUAACCCUGUCGGUGAGCAUUGUCUUUGUGUUGGUGAUGGUGACGGCCGUGGUCGUGUUCCCAGUGGAAGCGGCAGGACUCACCAACUGUCCGCCCGGUUGUCAGUGUGAUGACGAUACGCUGGUGGUGACCUGCGGUGAGGGUCAGCUAGACGUACUACCGAUCGUACUGAAUCCCUCCAUACAGCGGCUAGUCAUCAAGAAUAACAAGAUCAAAACGAUCGACUCUUCGAUGCAGUUCUACGCUGAUCUAACCUUCCUAGAUCUUAGCUACAAUCAUCUGUUCAAUAUGCCACCGCGCACGUUCGCCUACCAGCGUAAGCUUACUGAGCUGCAUCUUAACCACAACAAGGUAGGCUCGAUCACCAACAAAACGUUCGUCGGUUUGGUGACCCUUACCGUGCUGAAUCUGCGCGGUAACUUCCUCGACGAAUUGCCCGAGGGUGUGUUCUCCGGCGUACCGAAGCUGGAGGAGCUAAAUCUCGGUCAGAACCGUAUUGCGAAGAUAGACCCGAAAGCUUUUGUCGGGUUAACUAACUUGCGCGUGCUUUAUCUCGAUGAUAACACGAUCAGCGCAGUACCAUCACCGGCGUUACAUCCACUCCGAGCGCUGGGUGAGCUGUACAUCGGCUUGAAUUCGUUUGCUGCCAUCCCGAAGGAAGCUUUCGCCAUGCUGACUGGGCUCAAUCGGCUAGACUUACAAGGUGCCGCUUUGUUAAACGUUACGCGCGACAGUUUCCGAGGGUUAGAAAGACUGCGAACGCUCGAUCUCUCCGACAAUCGGUUGAGUCGCAUCCCGACGGCGGAGUUGGCAGUACUCGAACGAUUGGAAGAACUGGCGCUCGGUCAGAACGAUUUCGAAAGCAUACCGGCAAAUGCGUUUGCUGGUUUGAGUAAUCUUCGGCUGCUGGACAUAUCAGGCUCGCUGAAGCUGACCCGCAUCGAGGGUGGCGCGUUUGCGCACAACACCAACCUGGAGGAGAUUGUAAUUGCGUCUAACAAGGCGCUGACCGACAUUCAGGAAGGUGCGCUCAGUGGAUUACCCCACCUGAGACGCAUCGUCCUGAAGGAUAACGCACUUACCACGCUCACCGAUGGCAUGCUGUCAUGGAACGAGCUGGUCGAGCUGGAUCUCUCGGAGAAUCCCAUUAUGUGCGAUUGCCAGAUACUGUGGCUUCGUAAUCUACUCGUGAGCAGAAGCAAUGUGACGGUGGCGGGUCAGUCGACACCGCCACAGAUUCCGGUUGUGUGUGCGGCUCCGGAUCGCCUUCGGGAUCAGGCGCUGCAGAGUCUUUCGCCGGAGCUGCUUGGUUGCACACACCCAGACCGUCAGCAGCAGGCCAUCAUCUGUGUGGUGUUGGUCAGUGCUGCCGCCGUACUGACGGCACUAGCGCUCGUCAUCUACAAAUGUCGCCGACGUAUACAGGAGGUGGUGAAAGGUAGCUGGGGUAGCAACGGUAUUGGACGGAAGGAGCGCGAAUAUCAGAAGACGUUCUCCGAGGAGGAUUACUCUGCGCGGCAUCCACAUCCGGGACCGCCGGGUGGUGGACUUGCGAUUCAUCCGACCACACUGAACAACUAUCAGAUCAACAACCAUCAUCACCAUUCGCACGGCAUCCGGCACAUUCCGGUCACGGAACUAUAGCUA